GCUGUGUUGGAUUUUAUAAAUUGCAACAUUAACUUAAUUUUUAUUAUAUUUUUGUACUGUGGCAACUUUUCUCUCUCUUGCUCUGCGACACGGACCGAAUACACGUAUGUAAUUAUUUGCAAUCGCCGUUUUAUUUACUGAAAAGCUGAAUCUCCUGCAUCAGCGCACCAGCCCUAUCAACACACUACACCGCUGCACAUGGUCCUUCGAGGAAAGAAGCGCUGCUGGGAGACGAAACUCCAGGUUUGCAAACAAAUUUACGGCCGUGUCGCACGAGGCCAUUUUUUUUUGGUGAGCAUUGAGCAAGCAAACGGGCUCGCGAUUUCCUGUGAGACUGGUCGUCGCUACAAAAUCGCAAUACCUAUACGAUUCGACGGCCACAAUUACAAGAUCCACAGGAGGAAGCCCAGCAUCAGCAUCGAUCUAAAAUUCGAUUUCACCGUCGUCGCCGGAGUCACCUCUGCAGGUGCGAAGAGUACACUUGGCAGCAAGAUAGGGUGUUCCGCGAGAGCAAGCGAGACGGAGCACAUCGAAAUUCGAAAGAUUCGCAUUUCAUCGCACGCCCGCACGCAACAAUAGGAAUAGGACAAUCGUACGGGCGCGAAAGAGACAGCAAGUGACGCCGCAAAACUUCACAGCAGCAACAGGCGAGCUCGCGCAACCGCCAUUUUGUUGGGAAGAAUUGGAUCGCCGUCGCCGAUCAAUACUGUAUAAAAAAUAUUACAAUACUGUGUAAAAGUGUUUAAUAUAGCAGUGAAUCUUGUAAUACAUAGUUAAUAGUGUUCCUGUAAAGUUAUUAUUGAGUUAUUAACGUAAAGUACAGGUAAUAUUUGUUUUAAGAAUCGACAAGUUUAGCGAACAAUGGAAGACCUAAAGAAAAAAGUCGCCGCACGCGGUUAUGUGAAAGACAGUUACACUGCGAAGGCCUACCAACUUGACCGGGAUAUGAAUGCUAAGCCGCAAUUGGAGGAUUUUCUCAAUUACAUUGAGAACCGAGCCAACGCACUGGAGAAUGUCGAGCAGGGACAUCAACCCCAUCCUGGUAAUAGUAGCAGUAAGGUAGCAGCAGUCGCCACUACAGGAGCAACAUGCACUUACUGUCAGCAUGGUGGCAAAUGCAGGUUUCACUUCCGGUGCUCAGAGUGCAAGAAGCCUCAUAACACUCUGCUUCACUGCAAUUUAAGUGAAACCCCACCAGCUGUCACCUUAUCAAACGCUAUUGCCCAACGAGCAGUGCAUGACCAUCAGCCUGCCCAGCCACAGCAACCAGUCAUCAGCUGUGCCCCGGAGUGCUGCUCAUCCACCACAACAGCCUAGUAGCACACAGCUACACGUCUUCAACACAUACUUCGGGCACAUUGUAGGAGGGAAUCUGCCACCUAAGGUAUCUCAACAAACAUGUAAUAGUGUAGUUUUGAAAUGUGAAUUAGGUCUCAAUGAGACACUUGCCAAGUUUUGGACAAAUGAAAAAGUUCCAGAGAGAUUUGUUGAACAAACAUCUGAGCAAGAACUUUGUGAAAAAAUCUUUCAAAGUUCAGUUAAAUUAGUUAAUAACCAGUUUGAAGUUCCUAUACCUUUAAAAAUACCUUUGUCAGAUGUAAACGAUACUCUUGGUGGGUCUUUUCACUUAGCAUUAAAAAGGUUUUUAAAUUUGGAAAAGAGAUUGCAUAGUAAUCCUGAUUUAUUCAUGCAAUAUCAAAAUUUCAUUCAUGAAUAUCUAUCUCUUGGUCAUGGUCAUUAUGUUGAUAUAGAAUUGUAUGAUUUAUGUAAGCAUGCAGUAUAUUUUUUGCCACACCAUGCGGUUAUUAAUAACAAUAGCAAAACUACAAAGCUUCGCACAGUGUUUGAUGGUUCAAUGAAAACAAACAAAAAAGUUUCUUUGAAUGAUUUACAACUUAAUGGGCCAGUGGUUCAAAAGGAAUUAUUUGACAUCAUUUUAUUAUUUCGUUUAGGUAGAUACACAUUUACUACAGAUAUAAGGCGUAUGUUUAGAAAUAUUAAAAUAGACCCUCAAUACACUUCCCUUCAAAAUAUUUUGUGGAGGGACAAUCCGGACGAGCCAGUUAAGUGUAUUAGAUUAGACACAGUUACAUAUGGCUUGAAAAGUUCAAGUUACUUAGCAACUCGUUGUAUAGAUGAGCUAGCAAAUAAAUAUGAAAAGUUAUACCCACUAGCUUCAUCCAUUAUCAAAAAUAAUCAGUAUGUUGAUGAUAUUAUAUAUAGUAAUAAUAAUUUAGAAACCACUGUCAGUGCCAGAGACCAACUUCGUGAUUUGCUUAAAUUAGGUAGUUUUAACACUCAUAAAUGGUCAUCAAAUAAUGAAAAUGUGUUAAGUACUAUACCAUCAAACGAAAGACAUUUUGAUAGUUUAGAAUUGCAAAAAGAUAAUUAUUAUAUGAAAGCCCUAGGACUUCAAAUAAAUGUAAAGGAUGAUCACUUUAUAAUCUCUACUCCAGAACCAUUUGAUACAAAAAAGGUUACAAAAAGGAGCAUACUUAGUUAUAUAGGUAGAUUCUAUGACCCAAUGGGAUUUGUGAGCCCAAUUGUGGUCACAGCAAAGGCCAUAAUGCAAAAAUUAUGGUUACUGAACACAGGUUGGAAUGACAGUCCGCCUGCAAAUGUUCAGCAAGAAUGGUUUAAUUAUACCAAUAAUUUAGCUGCAAUGCAGCCUAUCCUAUUAGAUAGGAAUAUUAGUGUUUCAGAAGGAGACUCGGCAGAUUUAAUCGGCUUUGCUGACGCUUCGAGUAAGACAGCCUACGGAUGCUGUGUGUACCUGCGAGUCACAGACCAAACAGGUACAACGAAAUUGCAUCUACUUUGUUCGAAGUCGCGAAUCAACCCUAUCCAAAAGAAAGGCAUGACUGUGCCAAGGCUUGAAUUGAAUGCUGCACUCUUGCUAUCAAAAUUGGUUUUGAGGACUCAUGAUACACUCAGAGUCAAAAUUAACAUCAGGCAUGUUUGUUUAUUCAGCGACUCGCAAAUCGUUCUUGCAUGGCUAAACACUGAGCUAACAAAACUUCAAGCUUACGUAUCGAACAGAGUAAGUGUAAUUCGUCAAAACACAUCUGGAUACAGUUGGCAUUAUGUCAAUACGCAUGACAAUCCUGCUGAUCUCAUUAGCCGAGGCGUCAACCCGAAUGAGCUGAGUAGCUGCGAUAUUUGGUGGAAUGGCCCUAAGUUCCUGCAAAACAGUGAGUACAAGUUUGCUGCUUAUAGCUCACCAGCUGAGUCACUCACAGAGGAGCGCUGCUUAGCUCCUUCCAGCAACUUGGUGUGCCAAAAUCCCAAUCCGCUUGACUAUGUGUUCAAGCGCUUGCAUAAUUACUCUAAUAUAAAUAAAAUAGUAAGGCUAUUAGCAUACAUAUUGCGAUUUUUAAACAAUAUUAACAAAAAUAAUUCUAAAAUAAAUACAAACUAUCUGCAAAGUUCUGAGUUAGAUAAUGCAUUAAUGUUACUUAUUAAAUAUGAACAAAGUAUAUAUUUUAAAUCUGAAAUCAAAGCAAUAAGCAAUAAUAAGAGCUUGAAGGGGAAUCUAGUUGAGUUGCAUCCCUUUCUUGACAAUAGGGGUCUAUUGCGCGUUGGUGGCAGGCUGCAUUAUGCUAAUAUAGCUUAUUCACAAAAACAUCCUGUCAUACUACCUAAGGGCUCUUCAAUUACUAGCUUGCUUAUAAGGUGUGAACAUGAAAGGCUACUGCACGCAGGGCCUAAGCUUUUACUCUCGCAUCUCAAUCAAAGGUUUUGGAUUGUUAAUGGCUUAUUAGAAGUUAAGAAAGUAACUCACAAAUGUAUUGUAUGUUUCAGACAAAAGGCCUUAGCAGCCAAGCAACUGAUGGGCUCCUUGCCGGCUGCACGUGUAACAGCCACCAGCAGGCCAUUUGAGAAAGUCGGCGUGGAUUUCGCUGGGCCAAUUGAUGUGAAACUCUCUCGCGUAAGACGAUCUUUAAUAGGUAAAGGGUAUAUCUGUGUAUUCGUAUGUUUCGCGACAAAAGCAGUUCACUUAGAACUUGCAUCAGAUUUGACCACGGAAACCUUUCUUGCGUGCUUAAGGAGAUUUAUCUCCAGACGAGGUUUG